AUGUUGCUGGGUGCUGCCCCGUCUCCUGCUGUACCUGCCCUGUCUGCCGUACCUGCCGUACCUGCUGCUGCUGCUGUUCCUGCUGUUCAUACACCUGCCGACGUCGUUCCAGCCUGCGGUGUUGCUACCCCAGACGCUGGUCCUUCCGGACAGGUGCAGCCGGGCCGUGUUGCUUCGGCAACAGCAGCCCCGGCUCCAUCCUGGAUGGAGGACUUGACGCCUGUCCUGAGGGAGCCGACAAAGAAGAAGAAGAAGAGGAAGGUGUCGUCUUCGUCUUCGUCGUCGACUGCUGCCGCCUCUUCCCCUUCGACUCCCAAGGCUUCCAAGCCGAGGAAGAAGAAGGCUGCCUCCUUCCCCCCUAAGAAGGCUCCUUCAGGAACUUAG